AUGACUUCAGGUAUUGGCAACUUAUUUGGGUCAGUGGAUUCCAAUAAAUUGGAAUCAAAUAUCAAUAAAUUAUUUGCUACUUCUACUGGUCCAAUAAAGGUAUCUCCAAAAAAGAGAACUAUUACUAAAGCAUCUGACGAACUAACAGAAAAGAAGGAAUCAGAGGAAGAGAAGAAGCAGCAAGAUUCUCAAGAAGAGAACGUUUCUGAAGAAAAGCCAGAAUCUGAUGAUAAACAAGACACUGAAGAAACUCAAGUUGAAAAAACAAUUCCAAAAAGAAAAAAAAGAAAGGUUCAAGAUGAAAAUGAAGAUUUAGAGAACAAAUAUUUUACAAAAUUAUUAAAUGAAGAUUCUGAUAAAAAGGAAAAAGAAACUGUAACUGAAAAAGAAAAAGAAUCAGAAAAAGAAUCAGAAAAAGCUGAUACCACAAAUGAUAAAGAAAAAGUUGGAUCAUCUGCCAAAAAAGUGGAUUUGAAAGAAGAUGAAUUAGAAAAAGCAGAAAGAACUAUAUUUAUUGGUAAUUUGCCAAACUCAGUCAUCACUUCUAAAGAUAUUUAUAAAGAAUUCAAAAAAUUAUUCAUGAGAAAUCCUAACCCAGAAGACAAACAAGAUAAUAAAAAGAAAAAUGCAAAAGAAGAAGAAAAAGAAAAAGAAAAUCCUUUUGCAAUUGAAAGUAUCAGAUUUAGAUCCAUUUCUUUUGAUGAAGCUUUGCCAAGAAAAGUUGCCUUCGUUCAACAAAAAUUCCAUAAAUUAAGAGAUUCAGUAAAUGCUUAUAUCGUAUAUAAGAGAAGAAAGGCCGUUAAACAAAUUGCAAAGCAUUUAAAUGGUAUGGAAUUCCAUGAUCGUCAUUUAAGAGUAGAUUCAGUAGCUCAUCCUUCAGUUCAUGAAAAUAAAAGAUCCAUCUUUGUUGGUAACUUGGAUUUCGAAGAAGAUGAAGAAAACCUUUGGAAACAUUUCUUAUCAUGUGGUGAUAUCGAAUAUGUUCGUAUCGUAAGAGAUUCAAAGACAAAUUUAGGUAAAGGUUUUGCAUAUGUUCAAUUCAAAGAUUUACAAUCUGUUAACAAAGCUUUAUUGUUAGCUGAUAAGGUAAUGAUUAAAAAAGAUGGUAAAAAGGGUAGAAAAUUACGUGUAACAAGAUGUAAAAAUAUGCAUAAGAAUUCUCAUGAUUCUAAUUCAGUAACUAGAAAAUUCGAAAAAAAUUUAACUGAUAAUCAAAGAACAAAAGUUGGUAGAGUUAAAAAGAUCUUAGGGAAAGCUGAUAAAGCCACUUUGGGUUCUCAAAUUACAAUCGAAGGUUUAAGAUCUACCAAGGGUAAUUCUUCAGCCUCACAUCUAAAGCAAAAAAAGCAAAGAUCAAAAACUGGUAGAGUCACCAAACGUUCUAUGGCAUUUAAAAAACGCCAAGCAAAUGAGUCCAAAUAA